GGGCCUUCGGGGAGGGAGAGGAAUAGUCACCGCACACAAACUCACACACACACAGGCAGGGAGGGAGGCGAGUCGAGCGAGACCUCAGAGCCGCGUCGUUUUUGUUGUCAGUGUGGAAGAUGUGGCUCCUUGGUGUGGCUGCGUCGCUCCUGGCGGCAACUCAGGGCAGCUUCGGUCAGGACAUCGCCUCAGAGUGCCCGGCCCCCACAGGUUACUUCGCCGACGCCCGCCAGUGUGACAAGUACUACAAAUGCGUGGACAACGUGCUCACCGAGAAGCUAUGUCCUGACGGCAUGGCCUUCAACGACAUCAACCCCCACGUGGAGAAGUGUGACCUGCUGGCGGUGGUCGACUGCUCCGGGAGAACCCAACUACAGACGCCGAAACCAACGGAGAACUGCGAGAGACAGAACGGCAACUUUCCAGUGGUGGGAAGCAACGACUGCAGCCAAGCUUACCGGUGCCAGGACGGGGUGGGCACCCUUAUCACGUGUCCAGUGGGCCUCUCCUUUGCCCUGGACACCGGGAUAUGUGACUGGCCCGAUCAGUCUGGGCGUAAAGGAUGUCUGACAGAAGAGACGCAGAACUUCACGUGCCCGCGCGUGAAGCAGCAGGAGGCCGUGGCCCACCCCCGCUACGCCGACCCUCAUGACUGCCAGUACUUCUACGUCUGCAUCAACGGCAAGACACCGCGGCGGAACGGCUGCAAGUUCGGCCAAGUCUUCAAUACCAACACCACCGCCUGUGGCCUGCCGCAGGAGGUGCCCGAGUGCGCUGACUACUACACGGAAUUCUUCGACGAGCACUUCGCCUUGGUGGAGCAGAACCCGUCUGCUCUGAGCGAAGACGUCCUGGCGGCGGCCAUCCUCGCAGGUUACCCGGUGCCCCUCAUGGCGGACCGGGUUAGGAUCACUCCCGGGGGAGCCAAGGGUAGCCCUCUGGAGCCCAGGGAGCCCGCCGAGCCCGCCGAGCCCACGCCCCGCCCAGGCCGCACACGCCUCUCCCCGCAACGGCCGUCCUCCCAGAGCAGCCCGCAGGCAGACGACAGCAAGCCCGGAGACAGGCCGCUCAGGCGAAGGCGCCCCGGCACAAGGCGAAGGAAGACCACCACCACGACCACCACCACCACCGCGGCGCCCGAGUACUACGACGACGACUACUACUAUUACGAAGACGAGGCAUACGUCGACGACCCCGCCGCAGGAAAGGCUGCUGACACUACAGGCAGCGAAGUCGAAGCCAGCCCCGCCAGCAGCGACCCGGCGCCCCCCGCGUCCAGAUCGUCGUCCUCUCGGUUCAGACCCUCGGCCUAGGACGAAGUGGCAGACCUAUAACCACGGCUGCCUGUCAACAGCCUGUCGGAGUGAUAUCAACGUUCUAAGAUAGGUUACGAUCGCCUGCAAGAGUUACUGGCAGAACAAAGUAACGCGUGCCUGGGAAACAACAAAGCCGAAGCAGCGUUCUCGUGGAUCUGUCACUGCAGCACGUCACAUCAGACUCCCGUGAGGGCGUGGGCGGCGUCGCAAAGGAUAAAUCACCAAGUUCUCAGGGCAGCAUGGGAAGGCCGACUGCCCUCUUCUCGUCCCAUUGUGCCCAUGUGUAUCCCUGCAAGCAGCGAGGGCAUGUCUGGGCCGGGCAGGCGAUAGUGAGGCACCAGCAGCCGUGAUUACUGACCGCCAGAAAUACAGUAAAUAACCCAGACAAACACUACCGAUGCGUGCCAGGCCUGAUCACAAAACCAAACACCAAAAUAACGGCAUUGGAACAUACACUGCUGUUCCUUCAAAGAAAAAAAUUAAAAGACUAUUUCAGUUCCUGAGGCUUGUUGAGGCAACUUUUUUUAUCUCCUCAGUUUCCUUCUCCUCCUCAACAUACACCUCUCUACUUCCUCGUUUUUGCUGUCCAACAACCGCUCCAACACCCUUUAUAUUUCCUGGGGCUAAAUAUACAAAGGCCUAGAUAUUUUACCCUCCUCUUCUUCGUCCCCAACUUACUGCUACCUUCUCCUUCCCCCUCUCAACAUUACUAUAGUUUUGUAUUACAAGGGUUUUGUUAUAGAAAGGCCUCUAAGACAAUCCUUCUCUUCCUUCUCUUCCUCGUCACAAACUUACCCCCCCUCACCUUCCCCUAUCCGCGGCUCCACAACCCCCUCAACGUUACUGUAGCUUCAAGUCCACACGAUACUCUCACACGAAUAUGGGACAAAGAUUUCAUUCCCUGGUCCUCUUCCUCGUCACAAACUUACCACCCUCCCAACCUUCCCCUCUCCGCGGCUCCAGAACUCUCAACGUUACUAGUUUCCAGUCCCCACACAGACGCCCUCACGCCCUCCACCUGUGACUCACGAGACGCCACCUGUAUGGAUGAGUCCCACCUGUAUGGAUGAGUGCCACCUGUAUAUUUUGUGCAUAGCAAGCAUACCUGGACACUAGGCGUAUAUGUGCAUCUCUUGUAUUCUAAUCAAUUCUUUUUUAAAUUUAUGAUAUGGAUUUCCGUGUUGUGCUACCAAUACACUAUAAACAAUUUU